AGAAGCUCUCCAGCUGACAGACUCUCCUCCUCCUGCCGGGAUUUAGGACUGCGGUGGCUGAGCAUGCACCGAGCACUGCUGAGGAUGCUGCUGUCCCUGAUCACUCUGUGCUCCAGCCUCCUCCAUGGAGCCUCCACCUAUGUCAUGAAGGCCGGCUCCAACUCCAACUCCAUCAAGAACGUGCCUGCGGCUCCGGCGGGCCAGCCGAUGGGCUUCUACCCGGUCAGUGUCAGCCCGGACUCCUUCUAUGACAUGGCCAACAAGUACCAGUCUUUUGAUGCCUACCCGCUAUACUCCUGCGUAGAGGAUGAUGACUGCGCCCUGGAUGAAUUCUGUCACAGCUCCAGAAAUGGGAACUCCAUGGUGUGCCUGGCAUGCAGGAAACGUAGGAAGCGCUGCCUGCGGGAUGCCAUGUGCUGUAUGGGCAACUACUGCAGCAAUGGUAUCUGUGUGCCUGUAGAACAGGAACAGGACCGCUUCUCACAUCUUGGUUAUCAAGAGGACACCAUCAUGGAAACCUACCAAGGUGAACAUGCUACUGUCGAUACAAACACCAAAUUCACUACAUCUCCAGCUGGAGUUUUAACCAUUUAAAGGUCGUGAUGGCGAUGUAUGCCUUCGGUCCAGUGACUGUGGCCCAGGACUGUGCUGUGCUCGUCAUUUCUGGUCAAAGAUCUGCAAGCCUGUUCUUGAGGAAGGUCAAGUGUGCACCAAGCACAGGAGAAAGGGUUCGCAUGGGCUGGAGAUCUUCCAGCGUUGUCAUUGUGGAGCAGGGUUGUCCUGCAAACUACAGAGAGGAGAAUUCACAACUGUGCCUAAAACCUCCAGACUUCAUACUUGUCAGAGGCAUUGA